GAGGAUGCGCCGCGGAGCUGUCGGAGCUCUGACCCGGUCGAGAUGAACCCGUUUGACGGCUCCGGUUCUCCGCGACACGACGAGGCGGAGGAGGCGGCGGACGGCGCGGACAGCCGCUGCCCGUGGGCCCGCUUCUCCUCCUGGCUGGAGUGCGUGUGUGUCGUUACCUUCGACCUGGAGCUCGGACAAGCCAUCGAGCUGGUUUAUCCUCAGGAUGUGAAACUCACUGAGAAGGAGAAAACCAGCAUCUGCUACCUGUCCUUCCCCGACUCCUACUCAGGAUGCCUCGGGGACACGCAGUUCAGCUUCCGGCUGCGUCAGUCGGUCGGCCGCAGGGCGUCGAAGCUCAGAGACGACGUCUACAACAGAGACGCUCCGGUGACGCUACAGAGAGAAACGGCGCAUUUCUUCGGUUACGUAUAUUUCCGACAGGUGAAGGACGUCUCUGUGAAGAGGGGCUACUUCCAGAAGUCCCUGGUGUUGGUGUCCAGGUUGCCGUACACUCACCUGUUCCACUCGCUGCUGCAGAUCAUCGCACCUGAGUUCUUCGAGAAGCUGGAACCCUGCCUCGAAGCAGUGUGUAACGAGAUUGACCAAUGGCCUUCGCCCGUACCUGGACUGACCCUCAACCUGCCUGUGAUGGGCGUCGUCCUACAGGUGAGGAUUCCUUCAAAAGCAGACAAACCCGGAGGAAGUCCGGUCCGGCACACGGCUGGAGAGAACCUCCUGCCGGCUCCGACGGUGCUGCCCACCAUCCAUGAACUGGACCUCUUCAGGUGUUUCCAGUCGGUUCUGAUCCACCUGCAGAUGCUCUGGGAGCUCACGCUGCUUGGGGAGCCGGUGGUCGUCAUGGCGCCGUCUCCCACCGUCUCCUCGGAAACCGUGCUGGCCCUCAUCAGCUCCAUCAGUCCGCUGAAGUUCUGCUGCGACUUCCGUCCUUAUUUCACCAUCCACGACAGCGAGUUCAGGGAGUACACCACCAGGACGCAGGCCCCGCCGAAUGUCGUUCUGGGCGUCACCAACCCGUUCUUCAUCAAAACGUUUCAGAACUGGCCUCAUAUCGUCCGACUGGGAGAAAUCAGGAUGGCAGGUGAUUUACCGAAGCAGGUGAAGGUGAAGAAGCUGUCUAAACUGAAAACGCUCGACACCAAACCAGGCAUCUACACGGCCUACAAGACGUUUCUGCACAAAGACAAGAUCCUCAUCAAGCGACUGCUGAAGGGCAUCCAGAGGAAGAGACCGUCGGAGGUCCAGAGCGCCAUCCUGAGGAGACACCUGCUGGAGCUCACACAGAGCUUCAUCAUCCCAUUGGAGCGGUACAUGGCGAGCCUGAUGCCGCUGCAGAGGUCUGUGACGCCCUGGAAGACUCCUCCUCAGAUCCGUCCCUUCAGUCAGGACGAGUUCAUGUCCACGCUGGACCACACCGGACCUCAGCUCACCUCCAUGCUCAAAGGGGAUUGGAUGGGACUGUACAGGAAGUUCUUCAGGUCUCCAAACUUUGACGGCUGGUAUCGUCAACGACACAAAGAGAUGACGCAGAAGCUGGAGAGUCUCCACCUGGAGGUGGUCUGUGAGGCGGACCUGCUGGGUUGGACCAAAGACAAGUCGGAGGUGGAGAUUGUAGAUUUAAUCCUGAAGCUCAGAGAGAAGCUGAUCAAAGCUCGCAGGCAGCAGCUGCAGGUGAAAGAUGGAGUUCUGGACAAGCUGGACGCUUUUAUAAACUCCAUCAUCGGCUCGCUGCCUGAAGACCUGCAGACCGUCCUGAACACACACUGACACACAGAACCCGGACCGGUUCUGUUCUCAUGAUGCCUUCACUGACUUCACAGGUCGGGGGGAAGCGUUCGGACUGAAACCUCUGAAUGUCACUCACAUCACUACAAGUUUUCUACGAGAUGUUCUGACUUUAUUCUCCUAACGUGAAGAUGCUUUCCACUAAAUGUCCACUUUAUUCUUGAAAUUCUCCAAAUGUUUUCUUCCUAUUUAAGCAUUAAACCUUCAAAUGGACUCCGUUCCCCAGACUGGACGUCUUCUUGCCUGAACAGAGACCUUCUAGAGGAAUAUUUAGACUUUAUUCCUGAAGUAAUGUGAGUAACUUUUCCCGCCACGGUUCCGAUGUUCCACGUCUGUUAUGUUUGAACCUCGUGUCGGUUUAACGGUGAGGAGAAGCUGCAGAAGUGUUUCCUGCUUCAGACUGAAUGUAACGCUGAUAACCACCACGCUGACGUUUACCUCCAUGUUCUCACAAACUGUAAAUAACGAGUUUUGCUUUGAGGAGUAAAACCUGAAUCAUGUUCACGCUC